GUUGUAGGAAGUCGCUGUUCAUCUUUAGUUCUUUUUGUCAAACAGCUGCGUAUAACCCAAAUAUACUCAGCCUUAUAAAGAUGAUGCGAAGACCCAGAGCAACAACUGCCAAAGCUGUAGUUUACAACGAUAAUGACACUCUAGACUCCGACUUAUCUUUUUCUCAGGUGGUGAGUAGUGAUGAAGACAUGGAGGAGUGGAGGCCACCAGAGUCAACAAACGCUACCAGCACAGCAGCCAGAGGUCUUAAAGCUAGCGGGAUGAAAGCGGCUCCCAAGAAGACUACUAAACCAAAAGCUCCCAAAGAACCUAAGGCUCCUAAAGUUCCCAAAGAACCUAAGGCUCCUAAAGUUCCCAAAGAACCUAAGGCUCCUAAAGUUCCCAAAGAACCUAAACCAAGAGCACCCCGCAAACGUGCAGCAGAACAAAAAUCACCAAACACUCAAAGAACCACUGGAGCAAAGAGAAAAAAGACUAAUGGUGAUGAUUUAGAAGAAAAUAAAAGCAAACCACAAAGUGAUUUCCCAGAAGAACAGAGAGUUGACAAGGGAGAAUCUGGUGUCAGAAUGAAAGAAGAGAGGAUCUCCUUCAUUGUGUCGGAUCAGACAGUAGGAUGGGCAGAUGAGGGGACAUCUAAAGCUGGGCUCCAAGUCAAGAAGGAAGAAGCGCCUGAAGACGAUUUCACUUUUGAUGAGCCAUGUCACAAAAAACAGCCAUUCAGGGAAACAAACCAGCAGCAACGAGCUGCCUUACCAGAAUCCAAAUUCCGGUCUCUGAAGAAUGAUCUCAAUAUGAACUGGGAUGUUGUUGAGGUUCUCUCUACUCAGACCUGUGUGGAGCAGUGGGUUUGUGCGAAUAUCAUUAUGCUGCUACGUGAGGAAAACACUGUUCCCUUUAUGGUGCGAUACCGCAAGGACAUGAUCAACCACAUGGAUGCAGAUGCAGUUCGAGACGUCCAGAUGGUCUUUGAGGAGUUAUGUUCUCUUGCUAAGAAGACCCAGUCUGUGAUUCAGACCCUGAAGAAGGACGGUGUUUUGACACCUGAGUUGGAGGAAAGCCUCAGGAACUGCCGAUCAGCUGAUGACCUGGAUCAUGUGUAUUCUCCUUACAAGAAAGGCAGCAAGCUUACUAAAGCUCGCAGGGCCAAAGCUUUAGGCCUGGAAGAUGCUGCCUCUGCAAUGAUGAACUCACCACAUAAUUUGGAUCUCACAGCUUGGGUGAAGCCUGGCACUGAAGGUCUGUCAUCCGUUGAAGAAGUGGCCACUGGUGUGGAGCACAUUUUGGCCGACAUGAUAGCCAAAGAUCCAGAGACACUCACCUACAUUAAAGCAUUAUGUGAAAGGAGCUAUGUGACCAUCCAAUCAAGUGUUUCCAAGACAGCACUGAAGGAAAAGGAGCAGGGGAAAUCUGCUCAAGGCCAGAAGAAACCAGGAGCGGAUAAAAACAAAAACAAAGACUUUGACAAGUUCCAGCUCUAUUUUGACUUUACCUGCAACGUCCAGCGCAUCCAGCCUCAUCAGACACUGGCGAUUAACCGAGGCGAGAGUCUGAAGAUUUUGACAGUGAAGGUGAACAUUCCUGACAGAGUGAAGAGCGACUUUACUCAGUGGUGCAUCAACAACAGGUGGAGGACAAAGACAUUUGCAAGAGAGGAGCUUCGUGCAAUCAUCACAAAUGCAGUAGAGGACUCCUAUAAAAGGCUUAUUCUGCCCUUCCUCACUCGAAGCUAUAGGACUAAACUCACAAGUGCAGCAGAAAAGGAAUCAAUUGCCAUGUUUGUGCGAAACCUCCGCCAGCGCUUAUUAGUCUGUCCAGUCAGGGGCUGUGUCAUAAUGGGGGUGGACCCUGGCUUCAGACAUGGCUGUAAACUGGCUGUCCUCUCACACACAAGUCAGAUUCUGCAUACCGAUGUUGUGUACCUGCACAAUUCAGGACAUCAAAGAGAAGCAGAGAAAUUGCGCCACCUUAUGAUUAAAUACGGUUGCACAAAGGUAGUCAUUGGCAACGGCACAGCUUGUCGUGAAACUGAGUCCUUCUUUGCUGAUCUCAUCUCCAGACGGUAUUUUCACCCACUGGAUGUGUCCUACUGUAUAACCAAUGAGGCAGGAGCGUCCAUCUACAGUGUGAGUCCUGAGGCGGUCAAAGAGAUGCCAGACUUGGACCCAAAUCUUAGGAGUGCAGUGUCUAUAGGAAGACGUGUGCAGGAUCCACUAGCUGAGCUGGUGAAGAUCGAUCCCAAACACAUUGGCAUUGGAACCUAUCAGCACGAUGUGUCAGCUGGAGCACUGAAGGCAGCGCUGGAUGGAGUGGUGCAGGAGUGUGUGAGCUUUGUUGGAGUGGACAUCAACAUCUGCUCUGAGACACUAAUGAGGCAUGUAGCAGGGCUGAACGCAGGCAGAGCUCGCAGCAUUGCUGAGUGGAGAGAGAAAAAUGGUCCGUUCAUCAACAGAGAGCAACUCAAACUGGUGAAAGGCAUGGGACCCAAGAGCUUCCAACAGUGUGCUGGCUUCAUUAGGAUCAAUCCGCAAACUCUAAACAGUGCCAAACCCUUGCCUGGGAGUGCCACAACAGUAGCAGAAAAAACAGCACCUAAGAAGAGCAAAGGAAAGGCUGCUUGUGACAUACCAACCUCAUUAAACCCCCUGGACCAAACUUGUAUUCACCCCGAGUCCUACCAUGUGGCACAGAGAUUUCUGUCCCUUGUGGGUGGGAGUGUGGACCAAAUAGGCAGUGCAGGGUUAAAACAAUUUGUGGAGAACAAGGUUACCACAAGUUGUAUCGAGGAGCUCGCCAAGAAAGUGGAUGCCACCCCGGAAACCCUCAAACUCAUCAUAGAUGGCCUGACGCAGCCCCCAGGAUUCGAUAUACGACAAAAUUUUGGGCAGGCGGACUUUAAGCGGGGAAUUGUGUCGAUGAGUGAUCUGCGUGUCGGAGCAGUGCUCACUGGGCGAGUAGACAACACCACUCUGUUUGGAGCCUUCGUGGACAUCGGUGUUGGUCGUGAUGGUCUUAUUCAUAAGAGCAACAUUACCCUGGACAAGCUGCCCGUCAGCCAGCGGCGUCGCAGUUUGGCUCUGGGCCCCGGAGAGCGGGUUGAGGUCCGAGUCCUGAAUAUAGACGUCCAGAGGGGACGGAUUGGGCUUGACCUGAUUAGGGUCCUCCAGUAGAUACAGAGGUUCCUUUAAAGAAUAUUCCACAAUUUGGACUGUGCCCUGUCUCUUCUUAUUAGACACCAAGCAAUCUGAGAGGGAAAAUACCUCCAGAUGUUUAAAGAAAUGUUGGCUACGAACUGAUUUACUGGAUAGGAAAAAAAGCAAGUUAAUUUGUUUUAACAGGAGAUUUGCCUUAUUUAUGGAAACAGUUAGUUGUUUUACUAUUGUGAUGCAUUUCAGUGUCAGCUGCGAGAUCCUACAGAUCAAACAAAGUUCAUAUUUAAGGACUUUAAACAUUUUCAAUGUUUUUUUUUCAUAUAUGUUCUAAAAACUGGGAAUAAAGUUUAUCAUAAACACUUUAGCUGUGAUGCUAAUAACUUACUACUUGAACUAAUGUGGCUUAAGUUUGCCAUAUAGGAGAAUUUUUGUGUACUUGGGUGAUUGGGGAUCACUAUGUACAUUUCGAAAAAAGUUAUUUAUUUCUGUCAUUCAUGUCGGAAAUAAGACAAUAAAUG